UUUCAAAUCCCAGCAUCUCCUCCUUCCAGAACUCGCGCCUCUCGCCGCUGCCUCCACGCCGCUAUGAGUCUCCUGCCACGCCGCGCCGCCAGCCGCCCCGGCCCGUGGGGAUCGUUGUGCGCGCUGCUCGCGCUGCUGCAGCUGCUGACGCUGCCAGGGCCCCUGGCCAGCGCUGGUCCCUCCGGGAUCAUAGUGAGCGAGCUGCGCUGUGUGUGUUUAACCCCCACGCACAGGAUUCGUCCCCAAAUGAUCCAUCACCUGGAGAUGGUCCCCGCAGGCCCAGGGUGCCCCAAUGUGGAAAUUAUAGCCACCAUGAAGAAGGGGAACAAAAUCUGUCUGGACCCAGAAGCCCACGUGGUCAAGAAAAUCAUCCAGAAGUUGUUGAACAGUGGAAAGCAGAAAAAUUAAGAGGAAGGAUCGUAAAAUUAAGAGGAAGGAUCGUGCUUUGGAAAAACUGCCUGGUUCUUCAGCGGAGCAGUUUUCUGGGGCUCUCUGGACCCACUGAAGCCACAAAGCAAGGGCUAAUUUUCUCCAGGGAGUCAGGUUUCCUCAUGGAUCUCCCACUUUGAGAGAUGGAUGGGAUGAGGGACCUAUGUUUAUCCUUACAGCUUUCUGCUCAUCUAAUGAAGUAUUUUACAUAGUAUUUACUGCUAUUUAUUUGUUGCUAUUUUAUUUGCUGUGUCAUUGAAAUAUUUGUCAGUUGACUAGUGAAUCCAGAAUUACUGGUUGUUACUCUUUAAGGUGACUGGUUUAUUUCUAGAAUAUGUUCCUUAGAACAUUAUUGAACAGGCUGUAGAUUUAAUAGGUGAAUGAUCUUUCUUUAGAAUGCUAUAUAUGACGAUAAUCUGUAAUCCCCAGUCUUCUCUUGAAAUUGUAACUAUUUAGCAUCAUUUUUUGAAAUGAGAUAAUUUCCAUACUCUUUAUCCUGGGAUCCUAUUUCAAUUAUAUUGCAUUAGAAAGCUAGGCACAUCAUACAGCUAUCAGUGUAGAAUAUAUUUCCUUAUUUAGAAUUUCUAAAUUUUUAAAUUCUAUAAGGAGUAAUAUAUUAUUUUCCUAUAACUUUAGACAUUUGAUGUCUUCUUAGUAUGGCAUAAUGUCAUGACUUACUCAUUAAGCUUUGACUUUUAUAUUGUAUUUAUUAACUAUUUUAUUAUGAGUACUAUAAUUUUAAUCACUAAAUAUUUGCUUUGGAUGAAGAAACUAGGAAAUAGGUAAAUUUCUUAUUGCUAGUUUCUUUAUACAUACAUUGUUUUAGUAUUUUUAAGAAUAAGGCAAACUUAAUAGUCUGUACUCUGAAAUUUUUGAAAAUAUAUCUGAGCUUUUGAAUAUAAACUCAUCAUUUAGUUUUCAAAAACUACUCAGCACUGCUAAGAUUUGUAAUGCUUAUGUUGUAUCUUUUAAGGGUUUGACAAUUUUGUUAUAAAGAAUUAUAGAUGCAUCACAUUUACUAUGUUAAAAUUGUACUUUUUAACUGUGUGUC